AUGAAUAAAAGUGUAAUGGUAACCUAUGUGCUGUGGGCUGUAGGUGGGCCUUUGGGACUUCAUCAUUUAUAUUUAGGAAGAGACAGCCAUGCUCUGUUAUGGAUGCUAACUCUGGGAGGAUUCGGCUUUGGCUGGAUCAGGGAGGCCAUACGAAUCCCUUCAUAUGUCAGCGAGGCCAAUCAGGAAGCAGAGAAAGUGAAGAGAAGACACCCCACUAAGGCCAUCCCAACUCUAGGUCCUACCAGAUUUGUGGGACAGGUAUGUGUUGGGAUCUACUUUGGUACAGUGGCUCUUAUAGGACUAAACUCCCUCAGCUACUUCUACCUGCUCGUCCUUCCUUUAUGUGUGGGGGCGGGGGUACAUCUGGUGUCUACUGUGGGCCAGCAAACCUCAGAUCUUCAAAAAACUCUGACUGCAUGUCUUAUAACAUCCCCAGUUUUCUAUGGCAGUACUUUGUCACCUCUCCCUAUUAGCCUGGCUGCCAGUGUCACCGCUGCACAACACCGCAGGUUUAAACCUCCACAAAAUCCUGAAACCAAGCCAGAACUAGUUCCACGGCUGUACAGACUCGGUUUAGCCUGGCUGGCCUUCUCUGCUCCACUGGGUUACUGUAUUUUCCAUAACACCACCGCCACACUCUACUACCUGUCUGACUGUGUAUCAGCACUGCUGGAUAUGUUCUGGUUUUUACCUUGGCUUAGAGGCGCACUGGAGUACAUCCUUUUAAUGCCAUAUAGGAUCUUGUGUGCUCUGACUGGAGGAGGGUACUAUGAGGAGGCUUGGAGGAAGGUGCUGGAAAUACUGCUCAAAGAAUAUACCGAGAAAGAAAAAGAGGCUCUGCAGAUACUGUCACUGAAAGCAGAGGCCUCUCUUGAGGAGAUAACCCGGUCCUAUAGGGAGCUGGCUAAGACAUGGCAUCCAGACCACAACCCCAGCAAGGAUUCUGAGGCGAUGUUUGUGAAGAUCCAUGAGGCUUAUGAGCUCCUGCUGCAGCGGCACAAACCAAGGCGAUUCAGAUAG